CAGAUCAGAGUGCGCCCAGUGCCAUGAAUAGAGGAGGCCGUUCCUUUGCAAAGUGCCCCAAAGGGGGUGCUAAGAAAUCAGAGAAAAGCAAGGCCUUCAAAGAUAUUGCCAAAUACUUCCCUCAGGAAGAGUGGGCAAUGCUGGGAUACACACAGAAGACCGCCUAUGUGUAUAUGAAGAAAAACUAUGACACCAUGACUCGUCUAGAUGAACCUCCUCAGGGGGCUUCCCUUGGGCAACAGAGAAAACGCCCAAAGAAAGUGAUACGCAAGAAGCCAGCAAAGAAAGAAAAUGAUCUGAAGGGAGUGCCAGGAACACGUGGCUCGGAACAGGCUCAGAGACAGCUGUGCCCCACUGGAAAAGCAAGUACCACUGGGAAGAAGAAUAAGAAGACAGGACGCAAGAAGAAAGGUAAAAAUGCCUGGACCUACCGGCUGCGGGAAAGAAAGAACCAAAUAGCAUAUGAAGAGAUCAGCGACCCUGAAGAAGAAGAAGAAGAAGAAGAAGAAGAUGACUGA